AUGCCGAGUAGCAUCAAUCUGCAGAAGGUGACUUUACACGAGGAUAACCAGUUCCUGGAGUGUUUGGAGAACGAGCAGAAGACGGAGUGUAAGCCGACCUUCAGCUCAAUCAUUAAAGACGUUGAAGUGGUCGAAGGCAGCGCCGCUCGCUUCGACUGCAAGAUCGAAGGUUACCCCGACCCAGAGGUGGUGUGGUACAAAGACGAGAAGCCCAUCAAAGAGACCCGCCACUUCCAGAUCGACUACGACGAAGAAGGAAACUGCAGCCUGGUCAUUUCAGAGGUGUCGGGAGACGACGACGCUAAAUACACGGUGAAGGCUGUGAACAGUCUGGGGGAGGCGACAUGUACCGCUGAGCUGCUGGUGGAGGUGAUGGCUGGAGAGGAAGAGGAGGAGGAGGAGGAAGAGGAAUAGACUCCAACAGGAAGAGGUGCUGCUCCUCUUCAGCCUGUCAGACUUGAGCAGGAGAAACAAACCCACAAGUGACAGAUUGUGAUUGGAGGAGCAGGAGUAUCAACGCCGCGAAAAAUGCUAAAUCAAAUUCCCCUCUGCCAACAACAACAAAGAUCUUCUUUAUCAAACACAAAAACAUUUAACGUAAUUUAAUCUUCUAAGCCCCGCCCACCUGACACCUGGAGAAAAUAAGCCCCGCCCCUCUCAGGUUAGCCUCUGCUCAUUGGUGGGUUUCCCCUCAUAGUUCAUUUCAUUGCUGUUUCUUAAAUACUGUGUGUAUAAUGGAAACAGGAUACUUGAGUUUUCUAACCAUGUUUUUAUCUAGAAAAAGGCCAAAUCUCACGAUCUUAAUGAAAGGUAAAUUAUGUUUCCGCCUGAUGAUUCGAACGGCGCCAAAAAGAUAUGGUUUGUUCAUCCGCCCGAUGCUACACGCAGACCGAUCAAAGGUACAUUUCUCCCAAUUUAAAAUAAGCACUUAUGUCAGUAAACAGCUGUUAAUAUAACGUCUUAAAAGGCAGGUGCACUUAGCAACACCUGGAGAUGAACGAAGAAGAAGACUGGCUAGCAAACAGGGAUCCAAAAUAUUCCAAAGAUGAAGAGAAACAUGUUCUUCAGGAAGCGUGAACAUAUUUAAGGCCUUGUUUUAAAUGGAGCUUUGUGGGGUUCAAACGUGCGGAAGAGGAUCAGGGCCACGUGUGACUUUAUUUUAUUACAGAAUUUUAAAACAAUUUUUAUGAUUUCUAUUUGAUUUCUUUUUAAUAAUACAUUUUUAUUUUCAAAUGUCUUUCUCCAGAAUUCUAAGUUUUUUCUCCCAACUUAAAACAUUAUUUUUCACUUGUGUUCAGAUCUUAAGAAAAUCCCAUGUGGCCCUAAUCCUCUUCCGUACAAACAGAAAAUCAGCAAAAGCUAUAUUUUAUUGCCAUUCGAUAACCCCUAAGAUCCUGAGACGUAUUCAAAGUAAAAAUGAAUUAUUCUUAAAUUCGAUGAUUUGCUUAUAGCAGUAUUUGUGUCAGUCAAGUCUCAGAGCCUUUAUGGAAAAUACGGCUAGCAUAACCUUAUUUAUUAUUUCAGAUAAAAAUAAUGAUCUAGUAAAAAUGUAUCAGAAUACAGAUGAAGGAAGCCCAGUAUCGUGUUUCAGCUCAAACCUUCUGAGGAAACAGUUUGAAGAGUUGUUGAUCCUGAAGUAAUGCUAAAGAAAUGUGAACAUUUAAUUUCCUCAAAGACUCAUGGGAGCUGUAGUCGUUUGAGGACAGGCUCUUUCUAUAACCAAACCAUGAAGAAUGACGUACUGUAUGAGAAGCAGGCUUUACUCCAGGGAGUCCAGGUGAGGAAGAAGAUGGUACGAUGGAAACCUGAUGAAGGCCAGAGUCAGGUCACUAAACAUCAACGCGGCUCACUGUGAAGCUCCAACGACACCAAACAACACGGCAGGAGACAUCGAAAAAUAGGUUAGCACUGCAGCUAACGCCAUUUAUCACCAGAGAGUGAGCAGAGUGAGCUGUGAAGGUCAAAUUGAAACAGUAUAGCCAUCAGAAGGUUUCACAAAGUAAAUAAAUAAAUCAGUCAUCUAAAUAAUCAUUGCCUACGGUAGGAAGCUAAUUCUCGCUGAUUAGGUCUCUUCCACUCAUUAGUGACCAACUCAAUAUUUUUUGUAGUGAUUGAAAUAAUACAAGCAAGUGGACCAGAACUAAUAAAUAUAUUAAUAUGAAUGUUAAUGAAAAUAUAAAGCAGCCUGAAGCUAAGUUUGGAUGGAGUGCUAACUAACAUUUGAUGGCUAAUUUCAGCUUGACUCCUGUUAGCUCUCUGGCUAAUACAAAUUAGCCUACUUUCGCAGAUGCCGUUUGUAAAAGAAAACUAAUAUAUGGGGUGAAAAGAACUAGAUUGGAUGCAGUCGGAAAGCUAACAUCAGAACAAUUACAACUUUAAUGUUGAGAAAGUCAUAUUUCUAGCUAAUGUCAUCUAUACUAAUGUUAGCCCACAAGCUAAUAAACCUUUGUUUUGAGAGACAAUGGCUCACAAACAUGAGUUAAUGUGAAGAGAGUACAGUUCAGAAAAACAAUAGCACAGCUGCCGGCUCGUUUUCAGUCAUUUAUUGUUAACAGUAUAUUAAUUGUUAGCGUUCUUGAGGAUAGCCUUGGAUAAAAGGUUUAUUAUUUUACAAACAGGAAACAGGAAGCAGUCUAAGUAAUAGUCUGGUCCACGUAGAGGUUAAGCUAACUUAACCACAUAGGGUUUCUGGGUAAUGAAGUCCUCCAAAUUAAAAGUGUUGUGUCAUUUCCACUUUGAGCUGUUUAACAUCCAAGUGCCUUAAUUACAAAGCGACUGUGCAUAUGUGCCUCAGCAUGAGAACCAGCAUGUGAUGAAAGGUGAUCCCCCUUAGCAUCUGAUGCAUGUGAGAAGAGUCGUGUGUCUUCUCUUCUGUGUGAGCACUUUUCUUAUCUUGUUUGUAUUUUUGACUUCGACAGCAGCUAACAUCACCUCUGCCUUAAACCCAGGUCGCCUUAGAGCUACUCCGGGACACUUUGAAUCACCGUCCGGGUGACUUUCACAGUUCCUACCACACAUUUGUGACAUCGAGGGACUACAUUACUAUUUGGCUGCCUGAAAACACAUUGGUUAAACAUGUUGUAUUCUGGACUUCACAAAGUCCACAGUUAGGUUUAGAAGCAGCAAUAAAAACGCCUGGAGGAACAUUUUUAAGAAGUGACCAAAAUCAACUGUGUGGAAGAACAACAUGUAUUUCUACGGAGCUCUGUGGCGUUCUCCAGAGAGAAACAUCUUCUUACAUUUUAAGUAUGUAUUAGUAUGUAAACCUUUCAAGACCCUUUCCACACAUUUUCAGACCUCAUCUCCACUUUGAGUUCUAACCGGUUGCCUUGGCGACACACUUUACCUCACAUUGACUAUAUACAGUGUUGA